AUUAAUUAGAGAUAUGAAAAAAAAUUCUUUUUUCUCUCUUGGAGUUAUUGCUGUAGCGUAAAACAAUCGAAUAUCGCGUUGAACGUAUAUCAUUUUUUAUGCAUCGUUUACGUCAUUCUAUUAGAAUCGAUGACGUCAACAUAACCUUCAAAAAAACCAUUACAAAUGUAUACAAUAACAUCUGCCUCUUUAAUUUAAUCUUUUCAAUAUACAAAGUCGAUCUUAAUAAACAAUUGUUGCUUAAUGUACAAUCAAACUGUAGAGAAAUAAUUCAAACGUCCAAUUACACUUUUUUUUAUUUUUAUUCGUGAUGAUUCAACGUGAUACAAAUUUGUGUAACAUUUAACAACGAAGAAAAAAAUCGUAAAAUUUAUUAUCAAAGUAUCAAAGAAACAUUUACAUCGAUCAAAAAAAAAAAAAAAAAUACAUUGUGUCAAAAAAAAAAUGAUCAUCGAUUGUGAUGGAAUCAGUAAGUAAAAAAAAAAAAAAGUUGGCGGGAAAUUCGAAAUUUGGAACCGUGCCGAUCGAUCGUCACAAUCGUUUACGUUUUAGGAAAAAGAUUAAAAGGGAUCUUGAGUAAUUAAUUUCUGAGAAAAAGUGAGAAAGGAUUGUAAAAAUGUCACGAAAGUGUCAACAGAAACAUUGGAGCGACCCUUUGUUGAGCAGACAUCAUUUUUCCUAUUUACCAGCAACUUCGGAGGAAGAUGACAUAGAUUUUGUUCAACAGCGUGUAAUUUCGGGGGAGGAUUACUCAAUGGACUGCUGUUUGUGUCAGGAACAUUAUAAUAAGAAAAAGUCAACCAAGUAUUUGAUCAACGAUGAUAUCAAGGCAGUAAUUUGAAUGCACGUAUUGUUUUGAAAAUGGCAACGAAUCAGAGUUAGAUAGAAAGAUGUAUAAAGAAAUUUGUAGAUACGUAUGUAUACUUUACGUGUUACCCAAACAGAGAUCAAAUAGACUACGUUCGCAACGAGCAAGAGAGAACAUGGAAUUAAGGUUGAUUGGAAGUCAGGUUGAAGAAGCCAUAGGCGAUGACAGACAAGCAGUUUUGAUACAACAGUUGGAUCUUGUCAGCAAUGCGCUCGAAGCAUUAAUCCAUUACAUCCAAUCCUUACAAGUAACGAAUUUAGCUGCUCAAAGGAUUAUGGACGUUGGACAUUUGUUAAUUAAUAGUCGUUUGUCUUUGAGCGAUGGUAACUCAACAAGUUUCAAAUUUUUAACCGGACAGAUUCAACAGGUAGAAAAUUUAGAGAACGACUGUUUUAUACAUCAAUAUUUAUACUUUAAUGAUCGAGUUUAUCAGAUAGAGAAUAAAGAGAAGUGUCGUGCAUCGUUCUUACAAGACUUGAAGGAACACUGUUCGAAGAGCAUGACGAUGUCCAAACAAUUACGUAUUUUAAUAGAGGAACAUAAAUCAAGGAAAGAAGAUUUCUCCAUCGCUGCGAAAAACUUUCAAAAUUUUCUUAAUAAAUCAAAAUUGUCGUCGUCGCAAUUAGAAAAAUUACGUCGACAAUACGAUACUAUUUUAGAGGAUUAUCAAGAGAGUAGACAAAUUUUGGACGUAAGAUUGCCGAAAGUCGUGAACGCGUACGUAAACAGAAAUAGCAUUAUCGUUUCUAUUAAUUUUGAGGUUAACACCGUAUACGUCAUAUCCUUCGAAAAGUUAGUAGUUUUUCUUAAACUUGAACGUUGUUGUUAUGGUUGCAGACGAUUGGUAACAUUGCACGAAGGUUUUGCUAGGAUAGUCGAAUUUUUUAACGACUUGGAUUAUUUCAAAGAAAUUUCGGAAAUAUUUAAACAAUUGAAAGAGAAUUUGUACGUCGAAGAUUUAGUAAAAGAACACAAUAUUGCCGUAGAAAUACCGGGGAACGUGGAAACGUGUCAAUUGUGUCAAACAACAAAUCGAGUCGAUAAGAAAUAAUAAUAAUAAUUGUAAGAAUAAUAAGAAUAAUAAGAAUAAUAAU